UCGGCUGGGCUGGCACGGGGGCGGGCGGCGGCACCUGCGGCCGCGCCGUGCGGAGCGAGCGGAGCCGCGGCCCGGAUGUAGCCGGAACAUGGCGCUGGGGGCGGCGUGACGGCGGCGGCCGAGAUCUUUCCACCAUGUUUGGGAAAAAGAAGAAAAGGCUGGAAAUUUCCGGCCCCUCCAACUUCGAGCACCGGGUGCACACUGGCUUCGACCACCGGGAGCAGAAGUUCACGGGGCUGCCCCAGCAGUGGCACAGCCUGCUGGCAGACACAGCCAACAGGCCCAAGCCCAUGGUGGACCCCUCAUGCAUCACUCCCAUCCAGCUGGCUCCUAUGAAGACCAUCGUUCGGGGGAACAAGCCUCGAAAGGACACUUCGAUCAAUGGGCUGCUGGAGGAGUUUGACAGCAUCUCGGUGACCCGCUCCAACUCCCUGCGCAAGGAGAGCCCUCCCAGCCACCACCAGGGCAGUGCCCACCACGUGCCCCGGCCCCAGGAGGAGAAUGGCUUCGUGCCCUUCUCGCAGUGCUGCAGCGAGUCGGACGCGGCCGGGAGCGGCGGGGGCAGGCUGCGGGACAGGGCUCUGUGCGGGGAGCCGUGGGACAGGCACUGCCAGGGCAGCCUCGCCGCCAGGCACAACGGGCACCUGCUCAAGGGGACAGCCCGCGACAUCUACUACUCGGAAGUGACUCCGCUGCCGUCAGAGCUGUCCAGGUUCCUCCCGGAUUACCAGGCACACCUGGAGAGCAAGCCCAAGGCGCUGGAGUACCAGCGGGUGCCCAGCGGCUCCUCCCUGGACUACAGGGAUUCCUUCCCCUACGCCCCGUCCCGGGCCUCGCUGCAGAGCGAGUGCCCCCGGGAGAGGCUGGACUACGGCGACGCCGACUGGGGACACGGCCUCGGCAAGGAGGACAUGGACAAGAGGCCAAAGUCCUCCUACGUGGACCCUGCCAGCCCCCAGCCGGCCAUGAGGCAGAGGUCCCGGUCGGGCUCCGGCCUGCAGGAGCCGGCCAUGCCCUACGCGGCCAGCGCCUUCAAAGCUCACCAGCAGGGACAUUCCUACAGCUCCUACACCUACCCCCGGCUGUCCGAGACCGCAGCAGGCGUGCCCAAGGUGGAUUAUGACCGAGCGCAGCUGGUGGUCAGCCCUCCGCUCUGCGGCUCAGACACCUACCCCCGGGGCCCAGCCAAGCUACCUCAGAGCCAGAGCAAGGGCAGCUACUCCGGCAGCAGCUACCAGUACCCCCUGCUCUACCACAAGGCUCCCCCCUUCCAGCAGCCGCCCCUGCAGCCCGGCUCUCCCUACAUCUCCACGGCCUCGUACCCCAGCUCCCCCAGCGUCACGCCGGGCGCGUACCCCCCGCCCAGCUGGGGCUCGUGCUCGGAGCAGCAGCCCUCCAGGGUGUCCCACGAGCAGUUCCGCGCCGCCCUGCAGCUGGUGGUGAGCCCCGGGGACCCCCGCGAGUACCUGGACAGCUUCCUCAAGAUCGGCGAGGGCUCCACGGGCAUCGUGUGCAUCGCCACCGAGCGGCACUCGGGCAAGCAGGUGGCCGUCAAGAAGAUGGACCUCAGGAAGCAGCAGAGGAGGGAGCUGCUCUUCAACGAGGUGGUGAUCAUGAGGGACUACCACCACGAGAACGUGGUGGACAUGUACAGCAGUUACCUGGUCGGGGACGAGCUCUGGGUGGUGAUGGAGUUCCUGGAGGGCGGCGCUCUGACCGACAUCGUCACUCACACCAGGAUGAACGAGGAGCAGAUCGCCACGGUGUGCGUGUCCGUGCUGCGCGCCCUGUCCUACCUGCACCACCAGGGCGUCAUCCACCGCGACAUCAAGAGCGACUCCAUCCUGCUCACCAGCGACGGCAGGAUAAAAUUGUCUGACUUCGGGUUCUGUGCCCAAGUGUCAAAGGAGGUCCCCAGGAGGAAGUCCCUGGUUGGGACACCCUAUUGGAUGGCACCAGAGGUGAUAUCCCGCCUGCCCUACGGCACUGAGGUGGACAUCUGGUCCCUGGGCAUCAUGGUGAUCGAGAUGAUCGACGGGGAGCCGCCGUACUUCAACGAGCCGCCGCUGCAGGCCAUGCGCCGCAUCCGGGACAACCUCCCGCCCCGCGUGAAGGACACGCACAAGGUCUCCUCGGUCCUGCGGGGCUUCCUGGACUCGAUGCUGGUGCGGGAGCCCUCGCAGAGAGCCACGGCCCAGGAGCUGCUGAGACACCCCUUCCUGAAGCUGGCUGGGCCCCCCUCGUGCAUCGUGCCCCUGAUGAGGCAGCACAGGCACCGCUGAAGGGCCGAGCUUUGGCACGGGGCAGUGCAGAGCCUGGCUCCUGGCAUGCGGGACCCGCAGGCAGCAGCAGCAGCAGCAGGAGGAGGAGGAGGAGGAGGAGGAGGAGGAAAGCAGCCCUGAGGAAAGGCCGUGUGUACAGAGAUGCCCAGAGAGCAGGCAGUGCUCCCUGUGCCAGGGCAGGAGCAGGCCGGGCAGCAGCUGGGCAGGGCACACCCAAGGCCAGCCCCGAGCCACACAGCUGAGCUUCCCCGCGGGCUGCGGCACUUCUGGCUCAGAAGAACACUUUUCUGACAAACAAAGCACUUUUUAUCUCGGCCAGAGCAACGCAAUGUAUUUUGCAAGAAGUUUGUAAUUUUCUGUACAGUACGUUUUGAUAACUUGCAGUACUUUGUCCCGUUCCUGUUGUGUUAGUUCAGUAAUAAGUGUUACUUAGAGAAUUUGAGAAGAUGAAGUUUCCUACUUUUUUUAACCCUUUUGAAAACAGGAGAAAGAAAAAAAAAAAAACCCACAGCCACCUUUAGGAAGUUGUAAGGUUUUGCAGAGUUCCCAUGGGUGAGGGGGGGCUCAUCCCACCCUCCUGGCAGCUGGAAGAGCCGGGGAGGGCUGGCGGUGGUGGGGGUGCCUGCCUUGGGGCACGCAAUGACAGAGGCAGCCCCAGCCCUGCUCAGGCUGUCCCCUUCCCAGCCUUGCUGCCCCUCUGUCUGGGUGCCACCCCAGCGGCCUCCCUGCCUGCUGUCACGCUCUGCCAGGCACAGGGGAGCAGGAGCUGCUCCUGCCAGCCCAGAGGGAGCCCCAGAGCUCAGGCAGAGCCCCGGCACGGGAGGGGAUGUGCUGCCAGAGGGGAGGAGUCGUGCUGCUGUCUAGACCUUUCUGAAUGUUGAUGCAACAGUUGACUACUGCAGUACAAUUUUGUGUUAUUUGUUGGAUGACUUUGCAUGUUACCUGUAGGCCUAAAUAGAUUUGCCUUUAAAAUUUUUAGAAGUGCUUCAUAAUUAUUUCGAUGAGAAACUAAUUUUAUUUAUUAACGAUGAGUUGUUUUUAAUUCUGUAUAAUACAAAAGCCAUGUUUUUCAAGUUGUUUUUUUUUUUUCUUACUGACCUCAUUUUAUGGUAUCUUUAAGAACCACAAAGCCAACUUUGUGAAAACACAGUUUCUUUCUUAUUAUAAAAUUUCAUAGUUAAUAAAUUAAUUGUUAUUUAUUGUAGUAAAUUAUAACCAAACAUCUAAACCUGGCAGGAGCUGUUGCUUAAAGAUCUUCCUCUGGGAGAAAAGAGUUGCCAAUAGUAAAGAAGCUCCUUUAGUUCUGCCCUUAAAGAAUAUUUGGAGGGAGAGAAGCAAUUAAAAAAAAAAAAAAAGGAAAAAAGGAGAUAAGGAUGAGGAGGAGCAUGGAAGAGCUGUUCUUACAUCAGUGUCUUAUCCCCAGUGCUCUCUCUCCCUAGCCCUGUUUGCACAUUUGAAGAAGACACUGAAGGAAAUGUUUGGCUCCCGGAGCCCACCCAGCAGGGAGCACCCCCAGCCUCCCAGGGCUCUCUUUUGUAGUCUUGACAACUCAGGAAACCAGGCUGCACCAGUCCAGGCAACGGCACAACUUAAUACUAGCUACAAAAUUACCUUUUUUAACCAUCUUUGAAUAAAAAAGGGGGUCGGGGGGAGUUUUUUCUUCAAUAUUCAGCACAUUUUAUGCUGUACAAGUAAAGAAUUUUCUGCAACUUUCUUAUCAUUAGAUACUUUAAACAGUGUUCAUCGAGUUUACUGAGAGUUUUGUCAAUUUCAAAGGGGUUUUUUUGUGAACACCAGCUACUGGUGAAACAAAUGCACAUGCAAGUUAAAUAAAUUCAUUAAUAAACACU